AUGGCGGAGGAGAGGAACCUGGCGACCUGGAACUCGCUCCUGCUAGGGCUCGUCCAGGCGGAUGAUCGCCUCCACGACGCGCGGGGGAUAUUCGACAGGAUGCCGCGGCGGGACGUGGUGGCAUAUACCACCGUGAUGUCGGGAUAUGCCCGCGCGGGAGAUUUGAACGAGGCUGGGGCGGUGUUCGAUUCCAUGCCCGAGCGGGACACGGUGGCCGGGACGAAGCUGAUGGCGGCAUAUUCCCAGAACGGGCGUGUGGACAGCGCGGAGAUCCUCUUCCGUACCAUGCCCGCCCGGGACAUUGUCUCCUGGAACACACUGAUUGGGGGGUACGGACAGAACGCCAGGGCCGACGACGCGCGGUCGGUCUUCGAUCGGAUGCCCGCGCGGAGCAGCGUCUCCUGGAACGCGAUGAUCGCGGCGCUGGCGCAGGUUGGCCGGUGCGGCGAGGCGCGGGCUGUCUUCGGAUCGAUGCCGGGGAGGGAUUCCCUGUCUUGGAACGGGAUAAUCUCGGGCUACUCUAGCUCCAGCGAUGGCCGCCGCGGCGCGAUCGAUGCGCUCCGGAGCAUGGCGCUGGACGGAUCGCGGCCGGACAGGGUCACGUUCUUGGCUGUUCUUGGCGCUUGCACAAGCUCGGGGUCGCUGGGCGAGGCGCUAGAAAUAUUUGGGUUGAUCCGGGAUCACGGCCUGGAUCCGGCCCCGGAGCACUUCUCGUGCGUGGUGGACACGCUGGGGCGAUCGGGGCGGCUCCGCGAGACGCAGGAUCUGAUUGAGCAGAUGCCCGAUUUGCCGAGCCAGUCGCAGUGGGCAAGCCUGCUCAGCUCGUGUACCAUCCACCGCGACGUCAAGCUCGGCGAGAUCGCGGCAAGGAGAGUGUCGGAGAACGCAUCGGAGGCAGGCGCGGCACGGAUUUCUCUGAGGAACAUCUACGCGGUGGCUGCCACUUCUCUCCAAUCACAGUAA